AUGUUCGGCGCGACCUUCGACGGCAGGAUCGUGCGCCGGUUCCUGGCGUUCGUGGUGCCCUACCGGCGGCGGCUGCUGUUCGGGCUGGCGGCGGUGCUGGUGUUCACCGCCACGCAGCUCGCGAUCCCGCUGAUCGUGAGCAACACGUUCGACCACGUGGCGGGGGCGGGCGACUCGGCCCUGACGCUGCUGCGGGCCGCCGUCGCGGUCUUCGUGGGCAUCAUCCUCGUGAACUUCGUCGCCAACGUGCUGCAGGAAGGCGUGGUGGCGCGCGCCGGCGCGCGCGUGCUGUUCGAUCUGCGCCGGGCCAUGUACCGCCACCUGCAGCGGGUGUCGCUGUCCUUCAUGGACCGCACCGAGACCGGCCGGCUGAUGUCGCGCCUGCAGGGCGACGUGUACGCGCUGCAGGAGUUCCUUGAAUCUUCCGUGUUCGCGGUGGGGGACAUGCUGCUGCUGAUCGGCAUCAUGACGGUGCUGGUGGCCAUGGACUGGAUGCUCGGACUGAUGGCCCUGGCCGUGGUGCCGACGCUGAUCAUCGUCCGCAUGGUGUGGCUCCCGCACGCCCGGCGCACCUUCCUGCGGGCGCGGGAGGCCUCGUCCAUCGCCAACGGCGCCAUGGCCGAGGCGAUCAACGGCGUGCGCACGGUGCAGGAGGCCGGCCGCGAGCUGGUCAACCUGGAGCUGUACCAACGACAAGGCGCACGACAACCUGGUCGCGCAGUCGCGCGCGGUGAUGAUCGCGCAGGUGAUCAUCCCCAUCGUCGACGAACCCUCACCGGCGAUCGCCACCGGGAUCGUGGUGUUCGUGGGCGGGUCGAUGGUGCUCGACCGGAGCCUCGACCUGGGCGUGCUGAUCGCCUUCCUGAUCUACAUCCAGCGCUUCUUCCAGCCGAUCCGCUCGGUGACGAUGCAGCUCAGCAUCAUGCAGCGGGCCAUGGCGGCCGGCAGCGCAUCUUCGAGGUGAUGGACGUGCCGAUCGGACAUCGAGGAUCGGCCGGGAGCGAUCGAGCUCGACGACUGCGACGGCUCGGUCGAGUUCCGCGGCGUCACCUUCGGCUAUUUGCCGGAUCAGCCGGUGCUACAGGACAUCAGCUUCACGGCCCGUCCCGGAGAGACGGUGGCGCUGGUCGGGCCGACCGGUCCGGCAAGACCAGCAUCACGGCGCUGGCGCACCGUUUCUACGACGUGUGGGACGGGCAGGUACGGGUGGGGGGCCACGACGUGCGUGACGUGUCCCAGGAUUCGCUCGGCCGCCACAUCGGCAUGGUACUGCAGGAGCCGUUCCUGUUCUCGGGCACGAUCGAGGAGAACAUCCGCUACCACAAGCCGCACGUGACGCCCGAACAGGUCGAGGAGGCGGCCCGCACGGUGGGCGCGCACGGGUUCAUCAUGCGCCUGCCGGACGGCUAUCAGACCGAGAUCGAGCAGCGCGGCGGCAACCUGUCGCUCGGCCAGCGGCAGCUCAUCAGCUUCGCGCGCGCCGUGGUGGCCGACACGCCGGUGCUGGUGCUGGACGAGGCGACCGCCAACAUCGACAGCUACACGGAGAUGCUGAUCCAGAAGGCGCUCGCGAAGCUGCUGGAGAGCCGCACCGGGCUGGUGAUCGCGCACCGCCUGGCGACCAUUCGCGGCGCCGAUCGCAUCCUGGUCCUGCAGGAGGGCAGGAUCGUGGAGCGCGGCACCCAUGCCGAGCUGAUGGCUCUGAAUGGCUUGUACGCGCGGCUGUACUCGAUGAACUACUCGUCGUUCGACGAC